GGUGUUUUGAGGCGUCACUGUAUAUAAGGAAGGGCAGUUGCAGAAAUAUUUUAGUCGGUUUCAGACUCAGAUAUAAGGCGGCCCAUCUGGUAACAUCUGAUCAUAACACACGACCACCAAGAUGUGUGAUGAAGAUGCGUGUGCGCUCGUGUGUGACAAUGGCUCCGGCCUCUGCAAGGCUGGCUUCGCCGGAGACGACGCCCCUCGUGCCGUCUUCCCCUCCAUCGUCGGCCGCCCCCGUCACCAGGGUGUGAUGGUCGGCAUGGGUCAGAAGGACGCCUACGUCGGCGAUGAGGCCCAGAGCAAGAGAGGUAUCCUCACUCUCAAGUACCCAAUCGAACACGGUAUCAUCACCAACUGGGAUGACAUGGAGAAGAUCUGGCAUCACACUUUCUACAACGAACUCCGUGUUGCCCCUGAGGAGUCCCCCACACUUCUCACAGAGGCUCCCCUCAACCCCAAGGCCAACCGCGAGAAGAUGACCCAGAUCAUGUUCGAGACUUUCACCAUGCCUGCUAUGUACGUUGCCAUUCAAGCUGUGCUGUCCCUGUACGCCUCUGGUCGUACCACUGGUCUUGUAUGCGACUCUGGAGAUGGUGUGACUCACAUGGUCCCUGUAUACGAAGGUUAUGCCCUUCCUCAUGCUAUCCUCCGUCUCGAUCUUGCUGGCCGUGACCUGACCGCUUACCUGAUGAAGAUCAUGACUGAGCGUGGCUACUCCUUCACCACCACCGCUGAACGUGAAAUCGUUCGUGACAUCAAGGAGAAACUUUGCUAUAUCGCCCUUGACUUCGAGAGCGAGAUGAACGUUGCUGCUGCUUCCUCCUCCAUUGAUAAGUCCUACGAGCUUCCCGACGGUCAGGUCAUCACCAUCGGUAACGAGCGCUUCCGUGCCCCUGAGUCUCUGUUCCAGCCUUCCUUCCUGGGUAUGGAAUCUGCCGGAGUCCACGAAACCGUCCAUUGUUCUAUCAUGAGGUGCGACAUUGACAUCAGGAAGGAUCUGUUCGCCAACAUUGUCAUGUCUGGUGGUACCACCAUGUACCCAGGUAUUGCUGACCGUAUGCAGAAGGAAAUUACAAACUUGGCUCCUUCCACCAUCAAGAUCAAGAUCAUUGCUCCUCCUGAGCGUAAAUACUCCGUAUGGAUCGGUGGUUCCAUCCUGGCUUCUCUGUCUACCUUCCAAGCCAUGUGGAUCACUAAAGAAGAAUAUGAAGAAUCUGGACCCGGCAUUGUCCAUCGAAAAUGUUGUUACCACGUCCGAAAGUUCUUUGAGGCAAGUACUUCGCCAGAUGGUGUUAUGCUAGGCAGCCCCAUAACUAAGGUUUUAGUCACACAAUAUUCUAAGAAUGAUAACCGCAUUGGCCUGGGUCCAGCAGGGCCAUCUCUCGAAAGGUUAGCAGGGGUGUGCGGCGGGGGCGGAGCAGGGGAUUGGAUAUGUUACUGGGGACUUCCCGAGGAGUACUUGGCUCCUUUUAGCACCCUUUCUUCUACAUGUGUCAGAGAAGUGUAUAUAAGGGGACCACCACCCCACGCCGAAGUAGUCGAUUACAGCCUCUGCUUUGGGCGGUCCUCCUCUCAACCAUCAACCAUGUGUGACGAGGAAGAGUGUGCGCUUGUAUGUGAUAAUGGCUCCGGUCUCUGCAAGGCCGGUUUCGCCGGAGACGACGCCCCUCGCGCCGUCUUCCCCUCCAUCGUCGGCCGCCCUCGUCACCAGGGUGUGAUGGUCGGUAUGGGUCAGAAGGACGCCUACGUCGGCGAUGAGGCCCAGAGCAAGAGAGGUAUCCUCACUCUCAAGUAUCCCAUCGAGCACGGUAUCAUCACCAACUGGGAUGACAUGGAGAAGGUUUGGCAUCACACUUUCUACAACGAACUCCGUGUUGCCCCUGAGGAGUCCCCCACACUUCUCACUGAGGCUCCCCUCAACCCCAAGGCCAACCGCGAGAAGAUGACUCAGAUCAUGUUCGAGACCUUCUCUAUGCCCGCCAUGUACGUUGCUAUUCAGGCUGUGCUCUCCCUGUAUGCCUCUGGUCGUACCACUGGUCAGGUUUGCGACUCUGGUGACGGUGUGACUCACAUGGUCCCUGUAUACGAAGGUUAUGCCCUUCCUCAUGCUAUCCUUCGUCUCGAUCUUGCUGGUCGUGACCUGACCGCUUAUCUGAUGAAGAUCAUGACUGAACGUGGUUACUCCUUCACCACCACCGCUGAACGUGAAAUCGUCCGCGACAUCAAGGAGAAGCUUUGUUACAUCGCCCUUGACUUCGAGAGUGAGAUGAACGUUGCAGCCGCAUCGUCUUCUAUCGAUAAGUCAUACGAACUUCCCGACGGCCAGGUCAUCACCAUCGGUAACGAGCGCUUCCGCUGUCCCGAGGCUCUUUUCCAGCCUUCAUUCCUGGGUAUGGAAUCUGCUGGAGUUCAUGAAACUGUUCACAACUCCAUCAUGAGGUGCGACAUUGACAUCAGGAAGGAUCUGUUCGCCAACAUCGUCAUGUCUGGUGGUACCACCAUGUACCCUGGUAUUGCUGACCGCAUGCAGAAGGAAAUUACAAACUUGGCUCCUUCCACCAUCAAGAUCAAGAUCAUUGCUCCUCCCGAGCGUAAAUACUCCGUGUGGAUCGGCGGUUCCAUCCUGGCCUCUCUGUCCACCUUCCAGUCCAUGUGGAUCACCAAGGAGGAGUAUGACGAGUCCGGCCCCGGCAUCGUCCACCGCAAGUGUUUCUAAACUCCUCGUCAGUAUGAUUUUUCUUAAUAUUAAAAAUAAGAAUAUAACAAUAAAUGCAUUUG